AUGGAACUGAUUUUUCUCGGUACAGGCUCGAAUAAUCCAAGUCCACAUCGGGGCGCAUCGAGUCUCGCUUUACGUGUUAGUGGAACAAGUAAUAUUUACUUAUUCGAUUGCGGUGAAGGUACACAAAUACAAAUUCAACGUUCCUCGUUACGAGCAUCACGUAUAACAAAAAUCUUCCUCACGCAUUUGCAUGGUGAUCAUCUCUUUGGCUUACCGGGAUUUUUAUGUACGCUCUCAUCAAGUGUACUGCCGUCAACGGUGAUGAUCUACGGUCCACUCGGUUUGCGAGAGUUCAUUGAAACUACUUUAAGAUUAUCUCAUUCUUGGUUAUCGUUUAAAUAUGAAAUUGUUGAACUAAUUCCGAAUUCAUAUGACGGUGUCGAUGAAAAUCUAAUCAAAGCAACAUUGGAUAAGCAGACGAAGGACGAACGAUGUCGAACAGUAACCAUCAGUGAAGAUGGAAGAUAUCAUCUAGCAAGCGAUGAAGAUAACUGUUCCGUUUAUGCCGUUUCCAUUAAACAUCGAGUACCGACUUAUGGAUAUAUCAUUGUAGAAAAUGAUCUUCCAGGAAAGUUCGACAUUCAAAAACUACAGCAGUCAGGUAUUAAACCAGGUCCAUUCUGUUCUCGUUUGAAAGCCGGUGAAACGGUUACACUUGAUGAUGGCCGAGUACUUUCACCCUUGGAUUACGUUGGUCCAUCACGAUCUGGUCGUCGUUUAGUUAUUCUUGGUGAUUGCUGCGAUGCAUCGAAUGUCAUUCCGUUUGCACAAAACUGUGAUGUUCUUGUUCAUGAAUGCACACAUGAUAAUACUUUACAGGAAAAAGCGAUUGAAUUCGGCCAUUCGACGCCUUCCAUGGCGACAUCCAUUGCCGAGAAAUGCAAAGCGAAAUGCUUACUGUUGAAUCAUUUUAGUCAACGUUACAGACCGAAAUCGUUAGAAGAUAAGGAAAAUGUCGUGAAAAAGCCGAAAAAAGAAGGAAACGAUAAGAAGGAAGAAGGAGAAGAGAAUGAUGAUGAUGACGACGACGUGACUGUGGAUCUCCUACUGGAACAAGCGAAACAGUCGACAAGCAAACCUGUUUUUGUCGCCGAUGAUUUUUUCACUUAUACUAUCCCGACUGCGAAAUAA